AUGCGAUAUCUGAAGCCAAACAAAGCCAGAUAUACAUUCCGGUUGACGUCCGAUGUGAUCGAGGCGUACCAUGUACCAAUUGUGCCAGGGCGGGCUGGACAUAGCCAGGGCCGACAAGAUGCCCCAGAUGACAACCAUCUGGUAAUUCCAGAACCCAAGGCCAAAACGCCGACGGCACUCGACCCACGACCCUCCAAACCCUGGGAGCUGUUGUUGGGCGAUGGACCACGCGUGCACUAUGUGAACAAUUCUAAUCUUAAGGAUCUUUUGCACGAUGAGGAGCAUAUGAGGCCUCCUUCUACUGACCAUGCUACAGUCUCCCCAGCGGAGCACGGAGUAUCAAGGAGCGGUUCAGAUCGAUUAGCGAAGUCUCCCGUGGACGCUGCAUCGAGUCUGCACCAUCUUCACCCAGAGCCACGGGACGCAUUACAACUUUGGGCGCUCUAUGUGAAGAAUGUCGAUCCAGUGUCGAAGAUCCUACAUAUACCGACCGCGCAAUCUGCCAUAAUUGCCACCAUUUUAGAUUCGAAGAAUGCCGAUAGAUCUAUGUCGGCUCUGACGUUUGCCAUUUACUUUGCAGCACUUACCAGUAUAACUGAACAAGACGCCGCCGAGCUAUCAUUGGACAGGGCAGAGCUCCUGGAACACUUUAAAUGCGGUCUGAGCCACAUCCUCGUUGGAACCGAGUUGUUAAACCAACCAGAUAUGCCGGCGUUGCAAGCGCUAGCCAUCUUCCUAACUAGUCUACGUGUCCACGAAACGGGACGUGGCGUCUGGGUUCUUAAUGGGAUUGCAAUUCGAUUGGCUCAGUCUAUCGGCUUGCAUCGAGACGGUACCUCCCUCAAUUUAACCCCGUUUGAGUCAGAGCUUCGUCUACGCGUAUGGUGGCACCUUUGUGUGCUAGAUGCUCGGUCACCAGAGGACCAUGGCUUUGAGCUGACAGGCGACCUACUUAGCCAUGGCCCAAGACUUCCACUGAACAUUAAUGACGACCAGCUUUACCCGACCAUGGAGAAGCUGCCGAAGGAAUUGGAUGGGUGGACUGAGAUGUCUUUCUGCAUCGGUGGAAUAAAGGUUACUAGGCUUCUGCAGCCAAUAUUGGGCACCAGAUCAAAGGAUACCCUGAGUGAUAUUGAAGCCAAGCGCAGAACCAUCGAUGACUAUAAGACGUGGCUGGACAGUUCGCUUUCUUCCAGUUCCCAUCCACCAGGUCAUCUUUCCCACCUCGCAUACCGACAUUUCAUCACCGCCUGCAAGAAGAUGGAAUUCUUGUUACUGAUACGGGAAGAAAUAUACCAGGAAAAACAAGCGCAACUACGAAGUGGUCCUGAUUACUCCACCAAACCUUCGUUCAAAGCUGCCUGCGAUGUCCUAGAAAGCAGUUACACGCUUUUGCAAGACUCCGGGCCCUUCAGCCAUCACACGUGGUUAUUUAAAACCUAUACACAGUGGUAUGCUCUUGCCUACAUUCUCCGCUGUCUCUGUACGAGUCGCCGCACACCGGAAACCGACCAUGCCUGGGACCUGGUUGAUGAUAUCCUGCGCUGCGCGACUAAUUUCAAUCCUUCUUCGAACUCUUGCACCACAAUCGGCAAUAGUAGCAUCUGGAGAUGUCUCUGUUCACUCCGAGCCCAGGCUUUGUCUGCCCGACUAGCUCAGCAGUCAUCUAUGGAUUCGGACAAUUUAACUCCUCGCCUUGGCUCACAUGAUGUCGGCAGAUCUAAUGACAAUAUCCAUGACCAGAACCCCAAUAACACUAGGCACGGUCAAACCCCUUUAACUAUACCCAACGUCUUGCCUAUCAAUAGCCCGGCUUACUUCAACGACCCAAUAGAACAGUCCUUUGAGCACUUUGCUGAUAUUCAGCACGGCCUCUUACCUACCUCAUCUUUACUGGAAGUCCCUUUGCUUCCCGGAUGGAAUGCCGUGGUCAAUGGUGUUCUAGACGACGACUACAUCUAG